CUAGUUAGAAAUUUGCUUUUGCGGGUUAACCCACGACCCAACCGCACCCAUCCACCACCCACGCAACCCGUUCCGCAAAAAAAUGUGGGUGGAUUGCGGGUCACAAUUAUUCCAACUCGCUAGUAAGCGGGUGGAUAAGUUGAAACGAAAACUCACCCAACCCGCCAUUGCCUAGUGUUGUCGCUAGCUAGUACCACGAGAUUAAUGCUUCUUCUCUAACUACUUAUUCUACACUUCUCUAUAAUCCACUACACACUCUCUCUCUCCCUCUCCAAAAUGCCUUAUAUAAUCCAAGCAACCCCUCAAUUAGUGCACAGCCUAUAGCUCUCACACUUCCAAAACAGAAAACCCACAAAAACCCAAACAAACUCUUCCUUAGCAUAUGGAGAAGAAAGCAACAACAUUAAUCCAAGUCCCGGCAGUGGAGCUGGCGGUGACGGGUUCUUCUCCGCCAGCCAAGAUCAAGAUGCCGUCGAUCGGGAUGGGGACGGCGUGCGCCGCCCCGCUGCCACCGUCGGACGUCCUGGUGGCGUCGUUCCUCGACGCCGUGGAGGCCGGGUACCGCCACUUCGACACGGCGGCGCUGUACGGGACGGAGGAGAGCCUGGGGAGGGCCGUGGCGGAAGCCGUCGAGAAAGGGAUCGUUAAGAGCCGCGACGAGUUUUUCAUCACGUCCAAAGUUUGGUGUACCGAUCUGCAUCCCGAUUCCGUCGUCCCCGCGCUGGAAAACACACUACGGAGGUUGGGAAUGGAGUACGUGGACCUGUAUCUGGUCCACUGGCCAGUGAGCCUGAAAAAGGAAGCUGCCCCACUAGGGUUUGCCAAAGAAGACAUAGUCGAGUUCGACAUGAAAGGGACGUGGGACGCCAUGGAACAGUGCUUCAGACGUGGGCUCUGCAAAUCCAUUGGUGUCAGCAACUUCGGCCCCGCCAAACUUUGCCAAUUGCUUCGCCAUGCAACCGUCCCACCUGCUGUUAAUCAGAUAGAAAUGAACGCAGGGUGGCAGCAGAAGGAGCUGGUGAAGCUGUGCAAAGAGAAAGGGAUUCUGGUGUGCGCCUGGUCGCCGUUGGGAGCAAACGGCGCCGCUUGGGGGUCUUUCUCCGUCAUGCACAGCUCCGUCCUCAAGGAAAUUGCCGACGCCAAAGGCAAGUCCGUCGCUCAGGUAGCGUUGAGAUGGAUAUACCAGCAAGGUGCGAUUCCAAUAGUGAAGAGCUUCAACAAGGAAAGAAUGAGGCAGAACCUGGAAAUCUUCGACUGGGAACUGACACCAGACGAGGUUUCAAGAAUCGAGCAGCAGAUUCCACAGCAGCGUGGCUUCUCUGGGGAGAUGUUCGUCUCUGAGACUGGGCCUUACAAGUCUGUCGACGAGCUUUGGGAUCAACCUUUCAGUCUACCAUCAUAAUGAGAAGACAACAGUCAAACCCAUCUUGGCAUUCGAACUUUAGCAUCGGGAUCACGUACCAGGGAAUUGUCACGAACUAUUUGGCCUCUGUAGCUAGUGUUUUGUUACUCUCUUUCUCUGUCAGGGAUUAUGGAUUCCUGCAGAAGAGCAACAUCGAUUUAAGUGAUGUAACAGAGAAGAGUACGCGUCUUCAUCACAUCAUUUCAUCAAACAUGCAGGGUGGCUAAGGACAUUAUUUGACCCUUAAUCUGCAAAUGAGAUGUCUGAUAAUCUAUCAGUCAGCCAUGAACCAGACGUGAACAUAUCUUGGGCUGAGUAGUUAUUGUCAAAGACAAUGGCUCGGAAGACAUCACAAGUGUUAUAAAUAAAACAUCUACUAAUUGUCUAAUUCCAAGAGAGAUUUUAAUAACACGAAAGGGGAUCAUCGUGAAUUUUGUGGAUAGGCAGAGCAUGUUGAUUCCUACAGCCAUCUGACCAAAGCAUAGCUGGUUUUACAGUCGGACAAUUCCCGCCUCUUACACAUGCUGCAGCCUGUCACCCUGAAAAGGAAGAACAGUAGCAAGUUUUGAAUUUGAGCUAAGACCAUUAUACUCCUUUGUUUCUGGCAUCCAUACAAGCUUUUCAUCUUUGGUGGCUUUAAUCCAAUGAAGUGAUGAAUCCUAAAUUUAGCAGCUUUAUCAAUCUCCAUUAACCGAAAUUUAGCAGCUGAAUCCAAAAGUGAAUUAGCAUAGAAGAAAGCUAGUCAAUACUUCACAAGGAGAUCGCCGACGCCAAAUCCAAGUCCGUCACUCAGGUAAUAGCAAUUGCACCGCCUACAAUUUAAUUAAUAAUUAAGCAUUAACUACAGAGAUAAUCAUGCUUAAAAACCAGGUAGCAUUGAAGUGGAUAUACUAGCAAGGGGCGAGUAAAUAAACAGCUUCAACAAGAAUAGAAUGAGGCAAAAUCUGGACAUCUUCAACUGGGAACUAACCCAAGACGAGGUUUCAAAGAUCGAGCAGCAGAUCCCACAGCAGCAUGGCUCCUCUGAGAGGAGUUCGUCUCCAAGACUGGGCCUUACAAGUCUGCCAACGAGAUUUGUGAUCAACCUUUCAAUCUCUUGCCGUAAUGACAGGACGACCAUUAACAGUCAAUCCAUCUCUGGAUUGGAAUCUUAGAAUCGACAUUACGUAUCAGAAUAUCUAUUCUUACAAGUAUUUGGCCUGUGUAGCUAGUGUUACUCUCUUCUUCUAGCAGGGAGUAUGACUCCUGCAGAAGAAAAACAACAAUUUAAG